AUGGCUGACCCAUCCAUGACCCUUCACAUCUCCAUCUUCUUCCUUGUCGGCCUCUUCGAUCUCUGGGAUGGCCUCCGGACGAUGCUCAUAUCGGCGGGCGGUGCCUACGCCAUUGCCAAGUUCCUACGCGGCUCCCGCUAUAUGCCAUGGGUCGGUUUCGUCUUCCUGAUGGGCCACAUGAGCAUCAACCACAUCGCUCGCCAGGCCGCCAACAGCCCACGCUCUGUGGACAUCACGGGCGCUCAGAUGGUCCUGGUCAUGAAGCUGAGCGCCUUCUGCUGGAAUGUGGCAGACGGCUUGCUUCCCGAAGCAGAAUUGUCCGAGUUGCAGAGGGACCGCCGCCUUACCGAGUUACCCGACCUUCUUGACUAUGCCGGCUUUGUCUUCUUCUUCCCCAGUUUGCUCACCGGCCCAGCCUUCGACUUUGCCGAGUACCGCCGUUGGCUCGAUACCAGCAUGUUCGAAGUGCCGGCCCACGUCGACCCAGCCAAAAAGCCGCCCACUAGACGCAAGCGCAAGAUCCCCCGCAGCGGCACGCCGGCCAUGCUGAAGCUCGUCUUCAGCCUGGUGUGGAUUUUUGUGUUCCUACAGCUCUCUGCCUACUUUGAUCACACAGUUCUGCUUCAAGACAGCUACCUGGAGCAUGGCUUCCUCCGUCGACUAUUUAUCCUACACAUGGUCGGUUUCACCGCACGCACCAAGUACUACGGCGUAUGGACACUGUCCGAAGGCGCCUGCAUCCUCGCUGGCUUGGGGUACAACGGGGUGGAUCCUGUGACUGGUAAGGUCUCAUGGGAUCGCCUUCAGAAUAUCGACCCCUGGGGUGUCGAGUUUGCGCAGAACACUCGGGGCUACCUCGAAUCUUGGAACAUCAACACCAACAAGUGGCUGCGCAACUAUAUCUACCUGCGAGUUACCCCCCGGGGCAAGAAACCUGGUUUCCGCGCCAGCUUGGCCACAUUCACCACGUCCGCCUUCUGGCAUGGCUUCUACCCCGGUUAUUAUCUCUCCUUUGUUCUAGCCUCAUUCAUCCAGACAACGGCAAAGAACAUGCGCCGAAACUUCCGCCCCUUCUUCGUCGAUCCCAAGACGGGCGCCGCCCUCCCGUCCAAGAAACUGUACGACGUCGUCUCCUGGCUCACCACCCAGCUCACCUUCUCGUUUGCUGUUGCACCCUUCCUCAUCCUCUCCUUCUCGGACUCCUGGACGGCAUGGUCGCGCGUCUACUUUUACGCCAUUAUCGGCACCGCGGCCAUGAUGGCGUUCUUUGCAUCGCCGGCCACAGCGCACCUGAAGAAAGAAAUUGGAAAGCGGAAUGCCAAGGCUGGGGUCGGCGCGAACGGAACUGCUGGCCGGGGCGGCGACGGAAAGAUCAACCGGUCCACGAGCUCGGAUAGCUUGGCUUCCGAGGUGCCCGUCAUGGGCAUCUCGCAGGAUCUGGAGAAGGAGUUUGAGAGUGCUAUGCGCGAAAUCAAGGAUUUCGAGAUGCAGAAGAAGAUGAAGAAGUAA